AUGCAACUGGCUCGCAUUGAGCCCGGUUAUGACCGACCCACCAGUCACAGUGGGAUUGACCCACUGUUCUGGGAUUUUGCCAUUUUCUGCGACUUGGCGCGUUCGACUCGAGCCCCAUUGUCAAUAUGGCAGCUCUUCGGCAUUUGGUAUUGGGUAUUCGGUAUUGGAUAUUCGGUAUUGGGUACUUGGUCUCCGAGAGUCUCCGGUCUCUGGUCCCUGGUCCCUGGUCAUUCACAUUAUCGUUGCAUGUGCCGAGAGGUAACCCCGCAUGGGUGUGUUCGUUCAUCUUUAUUUCUUGUGCGUGCAAAAAUUCAACAAUUGCAGAAAUUGAAACUUUUGCCUCUUGCCGUUGUUGCCACACACAGAAACAUUGAAAGAAAACUUUCAGACAUGAAAAUCGUAAAAAUAAAAUAA